AUGGCAGAGGUCCUGAGCCGCGGUUUGAAGAUGCAAGUCACUCAAGAGUCUAUUCUCCCGUUCAAGCUUGGAAGAGGGUGCCCUGUUAUCUCGCACUUGCUUUAUACAGAUGAUACACUGCUUUUCCUUAAUGGCAGUGUCACCUCAAUGAGGGUCACGAAGGAGUUUUUAGACGACUACCAGGUGGGGUUUGGCCAUUCCAUUAAUUUCAAUAAGAGCUCUUUCAUUUGCGGUAGCUCCUUAUCGCCAGCUAGGAUUAGAACUGUAGAGCGGGCCAGUAGCAUCUCUAGAGUAGCCUCCCCUUCCGCCUAUCUCGGGGUGCCUUUGGUGAUCAGCAAGUUCAAAGCAGUGAAUUUUCAGCCGCUAGUGGAGAGGGUAAAGGCCAAGAUUUCGAGUUGGAAAGCCAGAUUUCUUUCUAAGCAGGUUUUGUCAGCCCUGAAAAAGAGGAUAGGUAACUUCCUAUGGGGGUGGUUAGAGGGUAAACGCAAGUUACAUUGGCGUAGGUGGAAAGCGAAUGCGGUUCCAAAAGAGGAGGGUGGCCUGAAUAUUCAUAGGUUAUCAGAUAUUAUGGUGAAAUAUGUGCAAAGUGGUAGCGCUAACGGGCAGCAGAAUACUCCAGCCUUCGCUUCUCCCAUGUGGAAAAAGAUUGUCCAGCUCUUCCCAAGGCUGGAUGAGGUAGUGCAGAUUCAGCUUAGAGCAGGCGACAACAAUUUGUGGUCCUCAAAUUGGACAGGCCUAGGACCUCUCCAGAGGAUUGACGGUAUCCAAAUCCCGCCCGACCUCCGUAAUAUGAAGAUAAACCCCUUCCUGGGUAGAACAGGCCGGUUGCCUCCUUUGGCGGUGCUAAAUAUCCUUCCCCAAGCCGUCACAGACCUGAUUUUUCAAGCUGGCUACUACAUCUCUUAG